AGCAAAUAAAAAAUGAACAGAUUGAAGAGAAUGAAAGCUCUCUUGAUUGACUUAAAUGGCACUAUACACAUUGAGGAUACCUCGACACCAAACGCCAUUGAAGCGGUCACUCUUCUGAAGCAGGCGGAAGUGCCUUUCCUUUUUGUGUCAAAUACAAGUAAGGAGAGCAGGCAAGGCAUUCUUAAUCGUCUGUACCGAGUCGGGUUCGACAAAAAGACAAUCGUAUUAGAUCAAAUUUUUACGUCACUCACAGCUGCCAAAAACUACGUCGAGCAAAACGACGUUAAGUUAUUCCCUCUCGUUUCUGAUUCGUCAUUGACAGAAAUACCUACAGAAUUAGUUCACAAACAAAAAGAUUUCACACAGAAAUCAGUUUUGGUCGGCCUUGCUCCUGACUCGUUCACGUUUGAAAAUAUGAAUUAUUCUUUUCGUCUUCUGACCAAUCAUGGCGCCGAAUUAAUUGCCAUGAACAAAGGCAGAUACCACAAAACUUCAAGUGGACUAUCAUUAGGCCCUGGGCCAUUUGUCGAAGCUUUAGAAUUUGCUUCGGGUACAAAAGCAACUGUAAUUGGUAAGCCGUCGCUUAGUUUUUUCAACCAGGCGUCUAAAAUACUUGGCGUUCAAUUAGCCAAUUGUGUAAUGGUUGGAGAUGAUGCUAGAGACGACGUUUGCGGAGCUUUGGAGGCCGGAGUUGGCUUUGGUGUCCUAGUUAGAAGUGGAAAGUUUUUACAUGGCGAUGAAAGUUUCCUGAAAGAUUUUGAUGAUGAUUCGUAUUGUGUAGCAGACAAUUUCGCCGAAUUCGUAAACUUAUAUCUUUCUCAAAUAGAGUGAUAUAGCAAUUAAGGUUUAAUUAAUUAAUUCAAUUAUC